AUGAGUACAACAAAUUCAGAGUCGAUCAUCAUCCCGUCGCAGUGCAUCGGCAAUAACGUGGGCGUUUCCGACUACCCAUCGAUUGUGAGUGUGUAUAGUGCAGUCAGCGUCAUCAACAACGCCUUUGACGAUGUCUUCGAUUCGGGAAGUAUGGCUGCCCAACAGAUACAAGGCACUGAGUCUUCAAGUCACUUGGCCUACUAUGGAGAGUCCUCCAUGUACGCCACUGACUGUUCCAGUAACUUGGAUAAACACUCUUCGAAGAUAUCUUCAAAUUUACAAGUCGAGGACAACAUCGAGCCGCAAGGGAUCAUUAACGCCACUGUUCCAGAGGAGGUGGUUCCUCAUAAAGAAAUAAUAGUCCACGACGUUGCUGUCAAAAGUCAUCGAGUGAAAAAAGGCGAUAAGCCGGUGGUCGUUGUGAAAGAGGCGAAGCCAAAGGAAUUGAAGGACAAACACAAGAAGAGAAGCAAAAAGUGA